AGCUUUUUUAUUGCUUUGUGAUGACUUCAUCUCACAUGACUUUAUGUUGAAAAUGCUUCAGUUUCUUAUGUCUUUUUCCUUCCCACCAGGAAAUAAUAAACUUUACAUGUUUGGCAGUAACAACUGGGGCCAGUUAGGAUUAGGAUCAAAGUCAACUGUUAACAAGCCAACAUGUGUCAAAGCUUUAAAACCUGAAAAAGUGAAAUUUGCUGCCUGUGGACGGAACCACACCCUAGUUUCAACAGGUGUACGUCUGCUUCCCUGCAUUCUUUUUCUUGUAUUUGCUCAUUCCCUUUCAGAGAAAGCCGUGUAUACCUUUGGGCUGGGACAGUUUGGUCAGCUGGGUCUUGGUACCUUUCGUUUUGAAACUUCGGUACCCAAAGUCAUUGAGCAUAUUAAGGAUCAGAAAAUAAGUUCUAUUUCCUGUGGAGAAAAUCACACAGCUCUGAUAACAGAUAUAGGUCUCAUGUAUACUUUUGGAGAUGGCCGACAUGGAAAAUUAGGACUUGGACUGGAGAAUUUUACCAAUCAGUUCAUUCCCACUUUGUGCUCUAAUUUUUUGAGGUUUAUAGUUCAACUGGUGGCUUGUGGUGGGUGCCACAUGCUUGUUUUUGCCACUCCACGACUCGGUGGGACAGAAGAAAUGGAGUUAGAAAAAAUAAAUGAUUCUUACUUCCCUGCAGCACCUUCUCUGCCCCUCAGCGAUCUGAGCUCAGGAAAUGUACUGAACAGAACUCUGUCAGCACGUGUGCGGCGAAGAGAGAGGGAGAAAUCACCCGAUUCUUUUCAAAUGACACAAACUCUACCUCCAAUUGAAGGAACUUCUGUGCCACCAGUUUGCUUUUCCCCCAGGCCAGUUCCUUUCUAUAUGUCUGCAAGUAAGUGGCCAGGGAAAAUGAUACUUGAAAAGGAGGACCCCAUGCUGCCAGUGGAACCAGAUUAUUUCCAGGAUAAAAUGGCCAAAGGGAAAGAGGAAGACAAUUCUUCAGCAGCAGAUUCAGAAAGCCUUGGAGAAACUACUGAUGUCUUAAAUAUGACACAUAUGAUGAGCCUGAAUUCCAACAAGAAGUCAUUAAAAUUAUCACCAAUUCAAAAACAAAAGAAACAAGAAACAAUUGAGAAACUGAAGCAGCGUACAGCUCACUCUGGACAUGAUGAUAGUAAAGGAUUUGCAAGUGACGAGAUGUCUAAAACAGUGAAAGAGGGGAAAGCCUAUAAACAACUUUUGGCCAAAGGAAUGUACAUGAUGCAAGCAGCUAUGACUAUGGAAGCAUUUUCAGAUAAUGACUCGGGCCAGCCUGGGUCUCGGGCUGACACCCGUGCAGAGGGUGUGCAAAGAGAGCUAUUUAGACGUGAAAGUAAGCACUGUAUUUAUCCACCUGACAGUAAGGCAAUAGCAAAGGCAAGUGAUGGAGGCCAAAGACAGAAGGAUCCAGACGCAAAAGAAACAAUCUCUGAGAAGGAAACUGAGCUGGCGGAAAUGGCAGAUCUGAAGGCUAGGAGACAAAGCGAAGAGAAUUUAAGAAAUAUUGAUAUGUUCUUUGACUUACCAAAUAGAGACAUGAAUAUUGAGGAUGAAGACAGUAACGAUUUUGUUAAGGACAGUAAGAGGAAUAAGCGAGAUGUGAUUUUUGACAGCGAAAGAGAAUCUAUAGAGGAGACAGACAGUUACUUGGAAGGCAAAAGCGCAAGUCAGCAAGGUACCACUGACAGCUUCGAGCAGCCCGAGUCAGUAGAAUUUAGUAGUGGAGAGAAUGAGGAUGACGAAGUGGAAACUGAGCAAAACUUGUGGUAUAGCAGAAAAUUUCUCGAACAAGUACAUGAGGAAGAGGCUGAACACAAAAUGUCCAGAUUCAUGGCAAGAUAUGAUUUUAAGUGUGACCACUUGUCAGAGAUCCCCGAAGAGCAGGAAGGAGCAGAGGAUUCAGAAGGAAGUGGAAUAGAGGAGCAAGAGGUAGAGGCAAGUGAGGAAAAUGUGAAGGUGCCAGCAAGAAAACAGGAGGAGGAAAUAGACAUCCUGUCAGAUGUCCUGACAGACAGAGCAGAGGAUCAUGAAUUUUCAGAUGAAGAACUAGAGGACAUGGAUGAGGAAAUUGAUGAAUAUCCGGAAGGCAAGAAGAACAUACCAGCGGAUGAAGCCAAUGACAACUCAGCUAAAAAGGACGAGAAAACCAACCAAGAGGAACGGGCUAUUUGUGAAUACAAUGAAAAUCCAAAAGGAAACAUGCAUAACCGUGCAAAGAGCAGUUCUUCAGAAGUCCUGGAAGAUAGUGAAUCAAUACCAAGUAAAGACGUCAAAAAAUCAAAGAUUUUCCUCUUUAAAAGGAUGUCAUUGACGAGUCAGAAAAGUAUGCAGAGUAAUAAUGAGCCACUCCCAGAGAUAAAACCAAUAGGAGAUCAAAUAGCUUUUAAAAGAAGUAAGAAAGAUGCCAACCAGAACCACAUGGGGCAAAAUCAUCAGGAUACUUCACCCCCAAAUAUGGAGAGAAGGUCAAAAUCAUGUACGAUACUAUAAAUAUAUAUUUAUGUUUCCGUGGUCACCAAGCACAUUGUAAUUUAUACUUGAAAAACAGUUUGACUUCUGAAGGAAAGUUUCUGAUAACAAACUUUUAAAGACACAAGUUUAAUAAUAUGUUUUAUUUGGUUUGAAUAUUACGACCAGUUUUGGUAUUUAUUUAUGCUAAUAUUUUUGACAAGCAAUUUUAAAAUAUGUGUAUCUCAAACUCUCCUUCAAGUGUUGUGACCUUGACUGUUCAGUGUUGCAAUAAAAUAUAUAUUUUUAUAUGUGAAGUUUAAAUUAAAAUAUUUCAUAGUUUUUACUAAACAAAUUCUUUAUAAUUUCAUAAGGCAACAUUUGCAAUCUCAUGACACUGUAACAGUUUUUAAUGUAUUUGCAAUUUUAAAAAACUGAGUCAAAACUGUUUUUAAUGAACAUUUUAAUAAACUAUAUCUGGUCGUUUCCACUGUUUAAA